AGCGAGGAGACAGCAGAGGCACCAAGGGAGGAGGCCGCAGCCCCCAGGCAGCGGGCUGCUUUCCAGUUUUUGGAGCAGAAGUAUGGCUAUUUCCACUGUAAAGACUGCAAGACCAGAUGGGAAAGUGCUUAUGUGUGGUGCAUUUCUGGAAGCAACAAGGUAUACUUCAAGCAGCUCUGUCGCAAAUGCCAAAAGGGCUUCAAUCCCUAUCGAGUGGAAGCAAUCCAGUGCCAGACCUGUUCAAAGACUCGUUGUUCCUGCCCUCAGAAGAAAAGACACAUUGAUCUCAAGAGACCUCAUCGCCAAGAACUUUGUGGCCGCUGCAAAGGCAAGAGGCUGUCCUGUGAUAACACCUACAGCUUCAAAUACAUUGUCUGAUCUCUGUGCCCUCUGUUUUGUGCUUUGUACUUUGUCAGUCUCUUGCAAUGUUUUGACUUUAGGCUUUUGACCUGGCAUUGGAUAAUGGAUAAAGACUUUUGUAUUAUUUAUAAAGUAUUUAAUGUCCUUGUAUAUAUGCUGUGAAUAAAAUUCUAUAAAAGUCUGCACUAGUUUGUUA